CCCCCCCACACAAAGUCAGCUCUCCUGACCAGAUAGUGACACCAUAGAGCCAUAUUUAAAUACGCAUGCGUACUUGCGAAAACUGGUCAUUAGUUGGUUCUGGAAAGGGUAUUUUUGUUAGGUCGAUAGGACUGAAUUCGGGUGUUUUGAAUUUGUUCUUUCUCUAACCGUUUUUUAUCUGCAUACAUUUCGAGUGUCUUUUAUGAAUAAUCAAAAGCAGCAAAAGCCAACGCUAACCGGCCAGCGUUUCAAAACGAGGAAAAGAGAUGAAAAGGAGAGAUUUGACCCUACUCAGUUUCAAGAAAGUAUCGUACAAGGCUUGAAUCAAACUGGAUCUGAUUUGGAAGCUGUUGCAAAAUUCCUUGAUGCCUCUGGCGCCAAGCUUGACUACCGCCGGUAUGCAGAGACACUCUUUGAUAUCCUGGUGGCUGGCGGAAUGCUUGCCCCAGGAGGAAGUAUAUCUGACGACCUGACCCGCACCGAGUUCUGCCUCUUCACGGCACAAGAGGACCUUGAGACAAUGCAAGCAUAUGCUCAGGUUUUUAACAAGCUGAUCCGGCGUUACAAGUACCUGGAGAAAGGGUUUGAGGAGGAGAUCAAGAAGUUGCUGCUGUUUUUAAAAGGGUUCACUGAAUCAGAACGCAACAAGCUGGCUAUGCUCACUGGCAUACUGUUGGCCAAUGGAAACAUAUCAGCCGCCGUCAUUGGAAGUCUCUUCAACGAGAACGUGGUCAAAGAGGGAGUAUCUGCAGCCUUUGCUGUCAAACUGUUCAAGUCCUGGAUCUAUGAAAGGGACAUCAAUGCUGUUGCUGUCGCUCUCCGCAAAGUCAGCAUGGACAACAGGCUGAUGGAGCUCUUUCCUGCCAACAAGCGGAGCUGUGAGCAUUUUUCAAAGUACUUCACUGAUGCGGGACUGAAGGAGCUGUCAGACUUUGCCAGGAACCAGGAGGCCAUCGGGUCCCGUAAGGAGCUGCAGAAAGAGCUCCAAGAGAUGAUGGCCCGUGGGGACAACUUCAAAGAUAUAAUUGCCUACGUCAGGGAGGAGAUGAAGAAGACCAGCAUCUCUGAACAACUGAUGAUCGGAAUCGUGUGGUCCAGUGUCAUGAGCUGUGUGGAAUGGAACAAGAAGGAAGAGCUGGUCUGCGAACAAUCUAUCAAACACUUGAAGCAAUACAGUCCUCUCCUGAAAGCAUUCACCUCCCAGGGAGCCUCUGAGAUCAUCCUGCUGGUGAAAAUCCAGGAGUACUGCUAUGACAACAUUCACUUCAUGAAGGCCUUCCAGAAGAUUGUGGUGCUCCUCUACAAAGCGGAUGUUUUGAGUGAAGAGGCCAUUCUUAAGUGGUACGCAGAGGCCCACGUUGCUAAAGGAAAGAGUGUUUUCCUCGAGCAGAUGAAGAAAUUUGUUGAGUGGCUGAAAAAUGCAGAGGAAGAGUCUGAGUCCGAGGACGAAGAAGAGAACUGAGAACUCGACCCUCCACGUGCAUUUUAAACGGCACAGUAGGAGCAGUAGAAUGUUUUUGUUACUGAAGUGCUAGUCUCUCCCAGUCCUGUUUUCUUAUUUUACCUUCUGUUUUCUUUCACCCCUCUCCAACUUCAACAUUUACAUUUUAACUCAAGGGCUGUGAUGUGAACAGUACACUCCUUAUUACGUUUUGUUUUAAACUUACCCUUAAUAGUUCACACGUAUUGUGAAUUAAAACCUCAAUCAUAAGAUUAACAAAUGAAGUGUUGAUUUGUUUGGAAAGAAGCAGAAAUGAACCCCCUUUAUUAGUAUUACUAUUAUGCCUUCUGUGUUUUGGAAAUGGAACAUUCCACUUGAUUAAGAUACUCUAUUGAUGUUGCUGCAUCCAGUCUGAUAACCCUGAUACUGCUCUAUCUGUUAAUAUUGCAGUAGUGCGCCUUCUUGCUAUGUGACUUAAAGGCACCCUAAAAUGACAAGUCAUUGCCUUCUCGCCAAAGGAUUUACCGGUAGCCCUAUCCUCAUGUUAGCUCCUUCCUGACCUUUGGCCUUUUGGACAAACCUGUAAUGAACAGUUGAAUUGGUGAUCGGAUGAACGUUGUGGCAGUGACUCAUCUUGGUAGAACCACCUCUUGACCUGACUGACAUCCUCUCUGGAAGAUGCAAUGCCAGCUAAGUAAUAUUGGUUAAUUUCUUUAAUCUGAUUAAACCAAUAAUUUUUUUAAGAAAUAAAGAUGACUAAAAUUCA